UGAGACAGCAACAGAACUCCUCACAGAGCUGUAAAGGGAGGCGAGCAAAGCCCCAGACGAGUGGCAACUCAGAAGAAAAUCAGAGGAGAAGCAGGGGAGGGGAGGGGUUCCUCAACACCAAACACUGUCAUAUAACGAGACAUUUCAAACAGGAGACACAGACGUAGAGAGAGGAAGAGCACAAAGUGGACUAUUAGGCUUGCAAACAAUUCCUCACCACAUCGGUUUAUCUCCGUUUUCGACCUGCAGGGAUUGGACAAUGACCGAGGACGCAGAAGUGGAAGUCAACCUGUCUCCGACCUCCAAGUCUGAGCAACAGGCUCCACAUUUUCUACGAGAUGUUAUCUUCCAUGGCAAGUUUAAGCUGCUGAAGGCUCUAACCCCAGAGGAGAACACCCAUUGUCAGCACGGCCUCUACUUCCAGGACGGUCAGCGGCGUGUUGACUACGUCCUCACCUACCAUGUGAAGAAGCCAGGUGGGGGCCGCUCCUGUCGACACUCAGCACACCUGCUGACUGAAAAUGCUGUUGCCCGCAGCCUACGACGUGUCCCCCACGGCCGAGACGAACGUCUUCGACGUCCCCAAGUGCCAAGGCCGAAAGACUCGACAUCAGCAGGAGCCGACGUGGAGCUUGGCUGUCCUGGAGAGACAUUUAAUGGCCACGAGGAUCACAAGGCCUUCAGGAGGGAGGAGUUUGAGGGGAAACUGAGAGAUAUGGGGCUGGAGCUGGAGAAAGAUGAUACCAAGAUUCCAGGGGUGGGUUUUGUGAAGAUUCAUGCUCCCUGGAAGAUUCUCUGUCGAGAGGCUGAGUUCAUGAAGCUAAAGAUGCCCACUAAGAAGGUGUAUGAAGUCAAGCAGUCGAGUGGUGUCAUGGAGAAGAUCAGCUCUCUGGUCAGUAAAGCUCUGGAGCCUCUCCACCCUCAUGUUGAGGAACAUAAACCCAAGAACAUCAAACAUCUGUCACACACUUUCUCCAGAGAAAAACAACACCUGUUUGACCUUUCAGACAAAGAUUCCUUCUUUGACAGCAAAACCAGGAGUUCAAUAGUUUUUGAAAUACUAAAAAGAACAAAAUGCAAGGCCAAGUACAGCAUGGGUAUCACCAGUCUUCUUGGUAGCGGUGUCUAUACAGCAGCUUACCCUCUUCAUGAUGGGGAAAUAAAUCAGGAGAGUGCAGAGUCCAAUGACAGAAAGCUUUUGUAUGAGGAGUGGGCAAACUACGGUGUCUUCUACAAGUAUCAGCCUAUCGGACUUGUGCGAAAGUACUUUGGCGAGAAGAUUGGUCUGUACUUUGCCUGGUUAGGCCUGUAUACCCAGAUGCUGAUUCCUGCCUCUCUAGUCGGGGUCAUUGUCUUUCUCUAUGGAUGUGCCACAGUUGAUGACAACAUACCAAGCAUGGAGAUCUGCCAUCCAAAGAACAACAUCACCAUGUGUCCUCUGUGUGACAGAGUGUGCAGCUACUGGAAACUGAGCACAGCCUGUGGGACAGCUCGGGCCAGCCACCUGUUUGACAACCCUGCCACUGUUUUCUUCUCUAUAUUCAUGGCUCUGUGGGCUGCCAUGUUCAUGGAGCACUGGAAGAGGCUGCAGAUGAGACUGAACUAUGAAUGGGACCUGACGGGGUUUGAAGAUGAGGAGCCACACAGACUGGAGCCUGGGAAAGAUGCAAGCACACCACAUACUACAACAGGGGACAGGCAACAUACAGACCACCCCAGGGCUGAAUAUGAAUUCAAGGUGAUGCAGAAGUCUAUGUGCAAAGAUCAGAAAGCCCCGCACAAGGUGGAAAAGCUCACCUUUCGAGACCGCCUUCCUGCCUACAUGACUAAUAUUGUCAUGAUGCUGUUGAUGAUUGGUGUUACAUUUGCCAUUGUGUUUGGUGUAAUCCUCUACCGGAUCUCCACCAAAGCUGCUCUCCACAUGAGUUCCAAUCCCAUUACACGAAACCAUGUACAACUGACGGUUAAAACCACUGCAGCCAUCAUCAACCUGGUGGUCAUCCUCAUACUGGAUGAGGUGUAUGGUGCUGUGGCACGAUGGCUCACUGUGUUAGAGGUUCCUAAAUCAGACAAGAGUUUUGAAGAACGACUCAUCUUCAAGACCUUCAUCCUGAAGUUUUUCAACGCUUUCACCCCCAUCAUCUACAUUGCUUUCUUCAGGGGAAGACUGGUAGGCAGGCCAGGCAGCUACCUGUAUGUGUUUGAGUCCUACAGAAUGGAAGAGUGUGCUCAUGGAGGCUGUCUGAUGGAGCUGUGUAUCCAGCUGAGUAUCACCAUGUUGGGAAAGCAGCUAAUUCAGAACAACCUUUUUGAAAUUGGAGUACCCAAGCUGAAGAAGUUGAUUCGCUACAUUCGGUCAAAGCGAGGUGCUUUUCAGGAGGAAGAGAGAAAGAAGAAGCUGAUGAGAUAUGAAACAGACCACUUUCUGGAACCAUUUGCUGGGUUAACACCAGAAUAUAUGGAAAUGAUCAUCCAGUUUGGUUUUGUUACCUUGUUCGUGGCGUCCUUCCCGCUGGCUCCACUCUUUGCUCUGCUCAACAACAUCAUUGAAAUACGACUUGAUGCCAAGAAAUUUGUGGCAGAGUUGCGGAGACCAGUGGCAGCAAGAGCCAAAGACAUUGGUAUAUGGUACAACAUACUUAGAGGAGUGGCAAAAGUGGCUGUCAUCAUCAAUGCAUUUGUCAUCUCCUUCACCUCAGACUUCAUACCUCGGAUGGUCUACCAGUACAUGUACAGUCCAGAUGGCUCCAUGCAUGGAUUUGUCAACAACACCCUGUCCCAUUUUAAUGUCAGCCACUUCCAGGACGGCAAAGAACCUAUGGAUCCAUUGCAACUUGGCUACCCUGUUGAGAUUUGCAGGUAUAAGGACUACAGAGAACCUCCUUGGUCAGCCACUCCAUAUGAGAUCUCCAAGGAGUUCUGGGCGGUGCUGGCCGUGCGACUGGCCUUUGUCAUUGUUUUCCAGAAUGUUGUGCUGCUGAUGAAUGAUGUUGUGGACUGGCUAAUUCCAGACAUCCCUAAAGACAUCAGCCUUCAGAUCCACAAGGAGAAGAUUCUAUUGGUAGACCUCUUCAUGAAGGAAGAGCAGGGCAAGGUCCUUAUCCUUGAGAGCAGAUCCUCUACAGGAGGCAAGGAGAACUGCAGCGGUAGCAACAACAACAACUGCACAAUGGCCCACCCGCGCUCCGGACUCCAAAACAACAACACUAAGAGCUUCUAAUGCUCGUAACAGUGAUUUCUUGGUACAGUCUUAGUUAGCAAGUCAAAGCUUGCUAGCAGCCUGCUUGCUCAGGCCAACCUAAACUCUUUGUUUUUGUUCUUGUUCAGAACAUUCCUUCAACUGGGAGAUUUGCUGGCUGAUGAGGUGUGAGGAAAAUGGGGCCAAAUGUGUUGCAGUGUGUGUAGACAGCUAUCGAACUGAAAACUACUUCGUACAUAUACAUUUGUGAAAGUGUACAACAAUCUCUAAAAGUGUAGUCAGUUUUGUGAACGUGUACGGGAAUCGUUAAAUGUGUACGCAAUCAUUUUUAUUGCAAAAUAUUUUUUAUUGUAAACAGUAUUAGACAACAUAGCAUGUGGAUAUAUAAUUUAACAUAGAAGGGCAGUAAGGCAUACCAUUUCUGUUUUGACAGAUUUUCAUCAACCUCACUCAAAGGCCAAUCAGAAUUGUUGGACAAGGUUGUUGAUGUUAUACCCAUCAUGAUAGAAAAUACAUAUAAUAUAUAUCCAUCACAGGGCUGACACAAACAACCAAUUACACUCACAUACACAUUUACAAAUAACCUGCAUUUCUUUGGUGUACUGGUAUGGUUAUGUAAGGAACUGAGUGUUAAAUGAGUGUUGGAACGGAAUGGGUAUUUGGCUUUAAGAGCUGGAAAAAAGAAUACUUCACCUCCAUCUCAGUUACACUUGUCACUUGACUGUUUUCUGAAAUAAUACUACGCUCCUGCUGUAUCUGAAAAUGUAAGGUUUUCUUAGACCUGACACAAAGCUCACAGGCUCACAGUGCCAGCACCAUUCUUUUCAUGUAGUGUAGAGAACUGCACCAUGGGAAGCAUCCGAAACAAUGAUGCUGUGAUGGUGCUGUAGAGCUACGGAAGCCACUGCACUGUACCCAACACCUCUGGCACAAAGAAACAGGGCUGAGCCAGGUUUUCUCUACUUUCCAUCCGUCAAGGAACUGCCAGCUUGAUAGGAUUGUUAACUUUGUACCUGAAAUCUAAAAAUGACUAAAGCAAAAUAGCAUCAACAGUGUUUCUUCUAAGUAAAUCAGAUUUUUAUUACUUAUUACAGUAGCUUCCCAUGUUUUGUAUUUUAUUGUUGAAGGCAAGCUAGCACUUUUCUGGUUUCUGUAAGCAAAUGUAUAUGAAACAUUAAAGCCUGAUUUAUUAUUA